AUGAGCCGCGGGACGCAGCGAGUUGUGCGCAGGGAGCAGCGCAGCAGCAGCAGCAGCAGCAGCAGCAAGAAGCAGAGAGGAGUUGAAGAGACAAAAGAGGAGAAACAGCAGCAGCAGCAACAGCAGCAACAGCAGCAACACUCGCAGCAGCAGCAGCAGCAGCCGCAGCACAGCAGCAGGAGCAGGAGCAGCACAGCAACAGAAGCAGCAGCAGCAGCAGCAGCGCAGCAGCAGCAGCAGCGCAGCAGCAGCAGCAGCUGA